AUGGAGACAAUUAGUAGUAGUAAAGUAGUAUUUGUAGUUGGAUCAUCAACAGGUGUUGGUUUGGCAGUAACAAAACAUUUCUUGAAUAAUGGGUAUAGAGUUGCUGCUACUGCAAGAUCAAAAGAGACUUUGAUCAAAGCUGUUGGGAUUCAAGACGGCUCUUCAUCUUCUUCUUCAUUUCUUGCAUUAGAAGAUGAUUUACAAGAUGAUGAAAAGAUUAAUCAAACCAUUCAACAAGUAAUGAAACAUUUUGGUAGAAUUGAUAUUGUACUAUUUAACGCUGGCAAGGGUUUAUUGGGUACUGUAGAAGAGAUAUCAGAUCAAGAACUAAAAGAGGUGUUUAAUAUCAACUUUUUUGCAUGUGCUUCUGUACUAAGACACGUCACCAAACACCUUGAAAGUGGUGCCUAUGUGUUUACUACAUCGUCUAUUGUCGCCGUGCUCCAAAGCCCAAUCAUUGGGGCUUACUGUGCAACCAAGUCGGCUAUGGACGGUCUCGUUGUCUCCUAUGCCAAAGAGGUCGAGCCACUUGGUAUCAGAUGUACUACACUCAACCUUGGAGGAUUCGAUUCACAAUUUGCACAAGCUGCUCAACACGCUGCUGCCAAUCUAAAGGAAAGAUAUGCUGCCACCUAUCAACCCUUUCCAGCAUUUGUCAAAAGCAUAGAGAAAAAGGAUCCAAACAAUAUCGGACCCAUUCUCUUGGAGAUGGUCAAUCGGUGUGAUAGACCUGCCCCAUCCCAUCUCUUUAUCGGUUUGGAUGCAAUCAAUAUUUCUAGAAAUGUUUAUGGUGGUCUAGAAAAGGAAAUUGAUCAAUUUGAACAUUUAACUGCUUUAAAAUAA